UGAAAGUUACACUCGCCUUGAUAUUGUUUGGGUUCGCGGACUUGUUGUCAGGGUUUCUCUGGCACAAGAUGGAAUUGUCAAAGGAUAUUCCACAAGACAAUGUUUCCUUUGCAAAGGAGAAGAGCAUCCUCAAUGAUAUUGCUCAGGAGACACGGGAAAUGCCGGGCUAUGGCUCGCUCACAGAGGAGGAGCUCAUGGAGAAAGUGGAGAACAUCCUGUUAGAAAGGAUUAAGAAUGGUGAAAAGCAUGCUUACUUUCAACUGGGCUUAUUUUAUUAUGAGCAGAAUAUGUUUGACAAAGCUAGAAUCUACUUUGAGCGGUCCAAAGAUUUUGAUUUUCAGUCCCUAUAUAUGCUGGCCUCUAUGUUGUAUGACGGACAGGGAGGCAAACCAGAUGAGAAAGCUGCUGUGGAAUAUCUAAAGAAAAUUGCACUCUCAGAUUCCAAGCAUGCAAAACACCUCAAGUUUUCAGCAUUGUUCAACAUUGGGCGAGCGUAUUUCCAGGGAUAUGGUGUCAAACAGUCGGAUGAUGAGGCACUGAGAUACUGGCUAUUAGCUGCUGAUGACGGCAAUCCCUCAGCUAGCGUCCCUGCUCAGACGACACUUGGCAUGUUUUACUCUCGACCUGACAGUCUGGAUCUCAAGAAAGCUUUCUUCUGGCACAAUGAAGCUUGUGGAAAUGGAAGUUUAGAAUCUCAAGGUGCUUUAGGUGUGAUGUAUGAGUAUGGUAUAGGUGUGAAACAGGAUGCAGACAGUGCUUAUGUUUGUCUGAAGGAAGCCUCCGACCGAGGGAAUGUUUAUGCCAUGGGGAAUCUUGUGGCCAAUUAUUACAGAAGGAAACUGUACACUAAGGCAGCUGAUCUGGCAGCCAGGGUUUCACAAUUUUCAGAUGUCAAGCGAUUAGCAGAAGAAACAGGGUGUCUGCCCAGCUACCUUGCUAAGGGGAUUGCAAUGGGAUGCUUCUACUACGCUAGAUGUCUCCAUGAGGGGCAUGGGGUGAAAAAAGAUGAGGAGGAAGCCAAAAAAUAUUAUUCAAAGUCUUAUCAAUUUGACCCAGAUGUCUGUGCCAGAUUACAGAACAUUACUCAGCAUGGUGUUAUAUGAGUACUAUUUAUUGUGAUGUCAGAACAUUGUGAUGUCAUCAUUCUAUUCAGCAUUAUGAGGGCCUCAGUGGUGAUCUACUGCUGUUUCUAGUUUUUGAUUGUUAUACAGUGAUGCCUUACGUGUUAUAUUGUUUUUUAUAUUCCUCUUUUCUGUGAUAAUGUAUCUUUUACAUCAGGAAUUCUGCUGCAUUUAAAUUGUAUCAUAAUGUUUUUUAUAUCAUGUUUAUCCUUGAAAUUUUGUGCCAAGACUAGAUUAUACAGUUUUCAAUGUCAGGUACAGGAGUCAUAAAUAUUGCCGAAAAAUACAAGAGCAUUACUUAGAGGAGCCAAAUGUACUUGGUCAAAUUACCAGGAACUUUAUUCUAUAUAGUGAAGUCAAAAUGACAUAUUGCCUUGAACCGGUAGAGAAAUUGCAAACCCUGAAGGCAGACGUUGUAUAACUGCAUGUCCUAGUCAAACUGUCUAAAUGUUAAUGUGUAAUGUAUAUCAGUCCUUUACUUAGCACUCCCUAAUGUUUCCUGUUUAAAGAUAACUAAUAAAUUAAAAUUUAUGGACAAGAAAGAAUUUAUUGCUCUAUAUUUCUUAUGCAAGCAAAGUUCUGGAAAAUUGAUUUAUAUGAACUGGUAUCAAGUGUAAAUUGAGUGAAAUAUCUUAACUAUGUUGAAUGUAUGUCCAUAUGUAUUGAUUAUUUUAGUGCUUCUUGGCUUUGAUAGAUUUGUAUUAAACAUCAGAGGCAAUUUUUGUCCAUUUAUAGAAACAUUACUUGUGAUUUGUUUAUAUGCAUGCACAGAGUUUUGUCAAUCCAGAUAUAUAGCAUAAUUGUAGUGCACACAUAGUUUUUAGAUAACCGCAAGAUAUUUCUUCUGUAACUGGUUUAUUGAUGUAUAAUUACAUUUACCAAACUUGUACAAUUAUUGUUCAUGGUUGAAGAACAGAUAUUAAGGUGAGCUACAAGUAAUUUAAUUUCAAGAUCAGUAUAUCAAAUAGGUAUGAAAUAUUUUGAAUGAAAUUAUGUACAAGCAGCUAAUUACCUUGACCUGUUUCCUCAGUGAGUGCACUUUUAGCAGUUUUUACCUGUACAGUGUUAUAUUUCUAGAUCUGACAUGUAUUCUUUUGUAAGGACCAUUUCCUAGCUAUGUUACAGUCAUUUUAAAAAACUCCAGCCAAAAAGAUGGUCAAUUAAUUUAAAGAAUGUGACAUUAUAACUUAUUUAAAUUUUUAGACCUAUUUAUGUCUUAUAAAAAAUGUUUCACAAACACUUCUUGUGUAAUGAACAGAAUGAUACUGUACAUACGUGUAUACUCUACAAGUUUUGGAUUCAGUUAAUCUGCUAGAUUGUUUCCGAGAUAAAUUCUCCCUAUUUUUGUGUGCAAUGUAUGUUAUUACCGAUAUAUCUGAGCUCUUGACUCACAAUCAAACUGUGAUCUUUAAAUGUUAGACACUAGUUUAGUAUGUUUUGCAGCACCUUUAUACAUGUUUUGUAAUCAUUGAUCAGUGGUGUUUGUUAUAGAUAAGUGAUACUGUUAUUUAUGUUUGUAUUUUUUCCCUGUUUUUGUAUAAAGUAUGUAAUUUAUAA